CCCUGUUUGGCGCAUGCGCAUUCCCCGCCUCCGGCCGGCUAGCGGCCCGAAGGCGGGGCCGCGCCCCCUGCCCAGCCCCAAGCCGGGCUGCCCGGGCCCGCCUGGCAGCGGAGCAGCGGGAGCGGCAGCAAGGAAGGCAGAGAUCAGCAAGAAGAAUGUGCUUGAUAUUCCACUUCCUAUGGAAGCUGCUGGGCUUUGCUCUUCAUAGCUGAGGUACUGCCAUGGCUGCAGGGGUCUUGCUGCAAAAUGAAUUGCCUUAUUGUUCAUUGGUAAAGAGCAGUGCAUAUCUUUCAACUAUGAGUUCAGGAAAUUCAAGGCGUCCAACCGCAAAAUAUACUAAGGUAGGGGAACGCCUUCGCCAUGUCAUUCCUGGUCAUAUGCAGUGUUCGAUGGCAUGUGGUGGACGUGCUUGCAAGUAUGAAAACCCAGCUCGAUGGAGUGACCAAGAGCAAGCUAUUAAAGGACUUUACUCUUCCUGGAUAACAGAUAAUAUAUUGGCCAUGGCUCGACCCUCAACAGAAAUUAUUGAGAAGUAUAACAUUAUUGAGCAGUUUCAAAGGUGUGACAUAAAAACAGUAAUUAACCUUCAGCGUCCUGGGGAGCAUGCUAGCUGUGGGAAUCCGCUGGAACAAGAAAGUGGCUUUACCUACCUUCCUGAAGCUUUCAUGGAGGAUGGAAUUUAUUUUUAUAAUUUUGGAUGGAAGGAUUAUGGCGUGGCAUCUCUCACUACUAUACUGGAUAUGGUAAAAGUGAUGGCUUUUGCCUUGCAGGAAGGGAGGGUAGCUGUUCAUUGUCAUGCAGGACUUGGCCGAACAGGUGUUUUGAUAGCUUGUUACUUAGUUUUUGCAACAAGAAUGACUGCAGAUCAAGCAAUUGUUUUUGUUAGGGCAAAAAGGCCUAAUUCUAUUCAAACCAGAGGACAGUUAGUGUGUGUAAGAGAAUUCACUCAAUUUUUGAUCCCUCUAAGAAAUGUGUUUGCUUGCUGCGAGCCCAAAGCACAUGCAGUUACUCUGUCCCAGUAUCUGAUCCGUCAGAGGCAUCUGCUCCACGGUUAUGAGAGUAGACAUCUCAAGUAUGUGCCAAAACUUAUUCAUCUAGUUUGCAAGCUGCUGUUGGACUUGGCUGAAAACAGGCAAGUGAUAGAGGAGGAAUUGUUAGAUGUACCAGAUCUCUCUUCUGAAAUUGAAGAGGCUGUUUCUCAGUUGGACUCUACACAGCUAGAUAAAGAGUUAACACGACAGAACAGUGACACAUCAGAGCCAUUCUCCCACUCAGUAGUGGGAAAUGUCACUUUUGAGACCCAGGAUUCUGUUUUCUCCCAUGAACACAAAUAUGAUCCUCUUUGGAAGAGGCGGAAUGUUGAAUGCCUUCAGCCUUUGACUCAUUCAAAAAGACGUCUAAGCUAUAGUGACUCAGAUUUAAGGAGAACUGCAUUUCUCCUGGAACAAGGAGAAACUCCAUGGACAGUGCCUGCACAAGUACCAUUCUUUGACCAACUUAAGCAGCAGAACGCUAGGGAACAUUUUCUCUCUUCAGGCAUUCAAUCUCCUCAGCUGGAUUUAAACAAAGAGGCCUUAGUUCGUAGUACAUUUAUUUUCUGGAGUCAAGGUAAAUUCAGUUUAGAUGGACAAAACAAUUUCUAUACAAAAAAAUCGCCAAAAGAAGUGCAGCGUAGUAAAACCUUUUCCUCAGGUUUUGAACGUGUACACAAUGACAGGGAAGCAAGAACAUCAAAACGUAGUUUUGCAAAGGACAUUGGUCACAGAAAGAAGCGAGAGACUAAUGUAUAUGGCAGAAGAGUUUGUGCAUCUGAGGACUCUGAUAAUUCUGCUUUAGAAGAAGAAUCAUCUAUUGGAUAUGAAAGUCAAGAUAGUAAAGAUCUAUUGGAAGCAGUUCCAUACAUUGUUUUGCAAUCAGAAUUAAGUCUGGACGCAAGAAGAAUUUUGGCAGCUAAAGCCCUUGCAAAUCUUAAUGAAUUUAUGGGCGAGGAGGAAGUGAAACAGAAGGUAGAAAUGUGGCAGAAAGAACUGAAUUCUCGAGAUGGAGCUUGGGAUAGAAUUUGUGCCGAGAGAGAUCCUUUUGUCCUUUGCAGCUUGAUGUGGUCCUGGAUAGAGCAACUAAAAGAACCUGUUAUAACCAAAGAGGAUAUUGACAUGUUGUCAAAAAAAUGCACAGAAUCACCGGAAACUCUUAACUUACUAGCAAAGGAACAAUAUCAGACUAUUCUUUGUAUUUUCCAUUGUGUAGUGAAUUUGCAGACAAUACCAGCUGAUGUGGAGGAAGCCUUACUUACCCGGGCCAUUAAAGCUUUCACUAAGAUGAGUUUGGAUUCUGAAAAUGGACCACAGGUUUACAACACUCUGAGAAAAGUAUUUAAACAAAUACUGGAAGCAAAAAGAAAGGAGGCCAAAAAAGAAACAGAUAACCCCUCUUGAUGUUUACACAGUUAUGCUGGGGACUUCAGUGGUCCUGUCAAAUUAUCUUUCAUUUACCAGCUACAGUAUUUUGUGCUAAUUGGCAUGCAUUGACCAAAUUUUAGUUUUAGUUAAAGAACUUUUUUUUAAAAAGGGAGCUGUAGUGAGCCUUAUUCCAUUUACAGAUUUAAAAGUUGAUAUUUUAAUGAGCCGCUACUGUGUGAUUGUACUGUAGCAUUUGGUUUGAAGAAAUAUGCUUUUAUAUUGUGAACUCUGUUUUAAAACUGUAUUUAUUGAUUUAGAAGUCUCAUUAAUAAGCUAUAUUUUUUUAUGUUAAACAGUUGCCACAAUAUCAGUGCCAUGUUAUACAAUGAUUUAAUGUAUUAAUAUUUAUGUAUUAAUGUUUACAUUAAUGAUAUUUCAUUUUACUUUACAGUGAAUAAAUACUGACAACAUUCUGAUGUAUUUAUUGGGUUCUUUGGAAAUCUUAAAAUGAGAUUAGUUUUAGUAGUAAACAAAUUUGUAGGAAAAAAAUCCUUUAUAAAUAGGCUGUAGUAAGUCACCACAUGUCUUAAUGUUGUUUUCUUGUGUCAAAAAAAAAA